AUGCAUCGGGAGCAACACGGAACCGACGACAUCGAGAGAAGCCCCAGCCCCGCCAGCCCGACGCAGUCGCCGGCCAACCCGGGAGGAAACGGGUCGGUGGACGUCAGGCUGACCCGCAAUACGGACACGGUCGCCGCCGGACACACAAGACCCGAUCGCCCGUUCGCGGAGACUCAGUGCAGUAAGCUGGACAGCAGAGGGGGAGAGUGCGUUUCUCCACAGCAAGGACCCAGCCAAGCGCAGGUGUCCAUGUCGAAGCCCGGCCCGAUGCCGCUGUCCAACAUCACGGUGCCCAAGGCCACCAUCUCCAGAGUGCCCAGCAGCAUGGAGGGCAUCAACCACGAGCUGGAGAAGGUGUUCAUCAGAGACAGAGAGGAGCUAAAGGCGUUGGAGGUGCCAGACGGGCGGCGGGCGCCCUUCCCCCCCCAGCAGCGGAGUAGCAGCACUCACAGUGUGGACCCCCAGGCCCCCGCUGCCCCCCCAGCCCCCGGCAGAUCCAGCAGCUGCUCCAGCCUGUCCCCCUGCCCCUCCCCCGCCUGCCCCCCUGGGUCCCGUGACGACAGCCCCUACUACCCCGAGGACAAAGACAGCGGGAGCAGCUCCCCCCUGCCCAAGCUGGCCUCGUCCCCCAAACCCAACAACAGCUACAUGUUCAAGAGGGAGCCGCCCGAGGGCUGUGAGAGGGUGAAGGUGUUCGAGGAGAUGGCCUCUCGGCAGCCUGACUCGGCCCCCCUGUUCUCCUGCCCGGAUAAGAACAAGGUCAACUUCAUCCCUACAGGCUCCGCCUUCUGCCCCGUCAGACUGCCCGCCCCCUCGCUCUCCGCCCCCGACGACGGUGGCCCCGCCCCUGACGACGCCCCCGGCCCCAGCUCCGCCCCCAUGGGCAGGCUGGCUCCGCCCUCUCAGGUCUCGGCGAGCACCAGCACAGAGGACCUGCCCCCUCCCGGUGAAUCGCCCCCAACCCCCACCCAGCAGCAGGGCACGCCAUCGCAGCCCCAAGCCCCAAACCAGGACUCUGACAUCAGCUAGUGCACGGCAGAGCCGGCCUCUGUCUCUGUCUCUCUCUCACACACACACACACACACACACACACACACAC